UUACACAAACACUCACAACUGCGGGUUUGAAAAGAUGGAGCAGUUUCCUCCUAAAUUCAGUAAAGUGCUGGUGACACCCGACCCGCAAUACAUACCUGGGUAUGGAGGCUACUGUCCUCAGCUGAAGUAUCACAUGGGCCAGACUUAUGGUCAGUUAACAGCAAAGCUCCUGACUUCCCCGGAUGUAUCUCACUCACAGAGGCUUGUGCUCCAUACCGGUCGUCGCCCAUCCACAGAGAAGGAACCAGAGCCCCACGAUGAGACCUGGAGGAACCGGCAUGGAAGCAACAGGAACCUGGAGAAAAUGAUACCGGGAUACACAGGUUUUGUUCCAUUCCGCCAAAACUACUUCAGCAAAACAUAUGCAGAAACCUGUCGAGAUGCAAUAUUGGAGUUCAGCCAGGAACAAAAGAAGAGACUUCGUAUAGCUUCUGCUGACCUGUCUUUUGCUGUCAACAACAGCGGCCUAGGCUUCAAACCUGGGAGAUCGAUCAGCCCUCUGAUUGCAAUUUCUAACGAUCCUGCCCCCUACAAGUCCCCGGACCCCUGGAUGCCACAAGGCUCCCCGUACCUCAUGGAGGAUAACAGCCAACAUAAGUAUUUCAUCUCAGGUUUUACUGGCUAUGUCCCCAAAGCUCGGUUCCUCUUUGGUUCUGGAUAUCCCAUCAUCACCAACAAGGCACUAAUCCAAUUUAGCAAGGAAAUGAAGGCAGGUCAGACCUCCCUGAACCUGGAAGAGGAGGAGCCCACCAGCUUGCCAAUGAUACCCACAGUAUACCCCUCCAAAUCAGGUCUCCUGCCCUCCUACACGGGCCACAUACCAGGGUACAGAUAUCAAUAUGGCCAUACAUUUUGGGAAGCUCACCCGUAAUGCUUUGGGUCACACUGGUACACAGAGGAAGAGCAGGGGAAAACAGACUGAGCUGAAGACCCAACUGUGCAACUGAAAUCAGUGAUCACACAUAACUCAUCUAAGGACAAUUAAAGUCAUGUGGGUCAUCUAACAA